AUGCUCUCUAUCCAGCCUAGGAACCGAAUUCUUGCAAUUCUGCCGAGGGAGGAGACUCACAGAUUCAUGGUGCAGACCAUUAAGGAUAUCAAUGCUCAAGUUAUUGAAGACCCCUCCUUGACAAGGAACAUAAGUGGAGAGUCUAUCCAGGCUGGAGAGGUUAUUGACCUGGAGCUUCCCUCUGGAGAUAAAGAGGAUGAAACUCAGGCAGAACAAACAGCUAUUGAGGCGACUCCCUCUGCCAUAAGAAAUAAGAGAAAAGAGACUGCUCCAUUCCAUGAGAGUUCUGUUCAGCCAGAAGUGUCAGAAGAACCUACAGCAGCUCCCACCACAACUUCUGGCACAGAUGAAGAGUUAAGGGAAACCUUUGAGGCAGUGGAGCAGGAGAAAGAGCUAGAAGAAGAAGAAGGACCUCAAGAAAAGACGAAACAAAUGGAAAAGGAGGCGAAAGCAGCAGGAGGCCCCAAGGGCAGAAUGACCAGCUCAGAGUUGGCCCUUUUUGUGGAUGCAGAGGCGGAACACUCCACUGCCGUUCUAGUAUCUGAAGAGCAGUCAAAGCAAUCUGUAUUAGAGCAUAGGGAGAACGCAGAACUACCUGUUGCAACCCCAGAAGCUGGAGUGGAAGUAGUUGCUGUUGUUCCUGACCUUGUGAUGCCCAUCCAUUCCUUUCCAAGUUCAUCUACCACUGCUUCCUUUGCUGAUCCGGAGCUGGCGGAAUUCGAGGCUAUGGAUUUAGAUGCCCAGCUGGACAAACUAGAAAAACUCAGCUCUCCCCCUGGCAAGGCCAAGUCCAAGGCGGUGGAUGAGGCAAUGGAGAGGCUAAAGAUCUGGCAAUCUACUGAGCUAGAACUGGACGAGAACAGGGAAGUCGUCAAUCAAUUGAUGAAGGACCUGGACCUUCUGCACAUACAGAACAUGGCUCCCAAGCCUAUACUUGAGAUGACCCUUGGCCUGGCCAGAGACGUGCUUAACCUCCACGACCGUUAUGAAGAUCUCAAGCCCAUCUUCAAAACCUCUGAGUUCUGCAAGGCUACCCAUGAAGCCAAUUUGGCUUAUUACACAAAACAAACGGCAGAACUGGACCAGAUGGUUGCAGGAUACAAGGAAGCCAAGGCUACUGCAGAUAGGCUGGAGAAGCAAAUUGAAGAGCUUCAAAAACAGUUGGUAGAAUGCAAGGAGGUGUAG